AUGCCUUUGCGGGCUUUAGCUAAGCUCCGUGCUCACUUGUCAACAUAUUUUUAUCCCUAUGGUAAAUCGUGUGCGUCACGAUCGUCACUUAUUCUUUUCCUCUCUUUGGUGAUCGUGUGUCUCUUAUCCUACCCCGUCGUGUCCAACUACUUUGAUCAGCUGGGUUCCGAUUCCGCAUUUCUCUCGAUCGAUAAACUGGAUGCUCGGUUUUGGCAAUUCUCCCCUCAUUUACAAUCAGACAACAUAUCCAAAACAUAUACCAAUGCCAUCGUUACCAAACAGAUUUAUAUCACCAAUACCGAUAAUCACGUCACAAAAGACUUGCUCAAUUAUGCAUUACAGUUACAGCACGCUUUAACCACCAGCUUUGUCUCCGUCGAUGAAAAACCCGCAUCCCUCGCUACGAUAUGCUUUUCCCACCGUGGACGAUGCAUCGUCCAUUCCCCUCUUGACUAUUGGAAUCAAGAAGGAACUCAAAUUCAAAACGAUCACGACUGGGCCGUCACCGUCACGCGCCAUAUGGAUGAAUUAUCCGUGACAUCCGGUUUAUCCUUGCAUCCGAUCUCUGUUUUCGGCAACAUCACCCUUGACCAUUACGGACGCUUUGUUACCGCCGAUUCCGUCAUUAUCACUGUCCUGUUACAGCACCAUCCCAGCUUCAACACCGAUCGGGUGUGGAAAGCGUUAUGGCACGAAGCGUUGUCCCGGCUCAAUGUCCCCAUGUUUGACAUUAACCAUCGCAACGUGAUCAACAGCGAAGCCCCUGUCAUUGCUUGGCAGAAACAAACCGAUAUCCAUGAUCAAACGCUCCAGUACAUCUUCAAACUGUUCCCAUAUCAAGUGCCUUCGCAAAUUUAUUUUCGUAGUGUGGCCUACAUAUUGGUUUGUUGUUUAGUAACGCGAGCGUUUGGUCGAGCGAGUCUGGUGAAAUCGCAUAUUGGAUUGGGCAUUGCCGCCGUGUUCCUUUCAAUUGCCAAUUGUACUACCGCGCUUGGCAUUUUCAACUGCCUGGGGCUCCACGUCUACGUCAAACCGUGGUUUCUUCAACCGUUGGUUACCAUUGCGGCGACGCUUGAAAAUGUUUUUCUUUUAACCUACGCGGCACUGAACGCAGGCUAUGACAUGGAUGUCAAGGAACGCAUUGGGCGGGGUCUUCAGAAUGUGGGUGUUCCCAUGACAGCGACGUUGAUCGGUGAACUCACGAUUCUGGCCAUUGGCGCCGCCAUGGAUAUUGCCUCUGUGAGGCAAUUCUGUAUCUUUGCCGCCACCGCCUUGCUUGUCGAUUACGUUUUGCAAUUGACUUUUUUCACAGCCGUCCUGGCCAUUGAUGUACGACGCGCCGAGUUGACUGAUUUGGAUAAAAGCAAUGUGUCCAAAUGCUUACCUGAACUUGCCAAUGAUACGGAUGCGGAUGAUCAAGGUGUCACCCCCGAUUAUGCAACUACGACCGUGGGCGAGAUGGAACAGAUGCACACGUACGAACGUUUUGACAAGGACAUGAAGACACAUCGUGCUCUGAACGCUCUGCUCUUAUGCUUGGUGAUUCUGGUGCUAGGUGUGUUUCGUCCACGCAAUCAUUUUUCAUCUUUGAUGUCGACUUCGCUACCUCCUGAUUUAGCCACGGCCAAAGAUCUUCGCAGUGAACUCCUUUCCAUGUCCAAAAGGUUUUGGGAUGUCGUCAAUCCGAGUCGGAGUAAUCAGUAUCUUCAUCUCCACGCUCCCUAUUUGAUUGUUCUCUCCAAAGAUCCAAUCAAAGGGCUUGAAAGAGCCAUCUAUUACGAAGAGAAAAUUUUGGCCAAUCAUGCAGCUCAGCCAUUGGCAGGUCGACCGGCUCGGUUUCAACUAGGAUUGUCCGGUCUUCUCCUGAACUCCUUGCAUCGUUACCUAAUGUAUAUUCUCCACGUUAAUGUGCCUUUACUGUUACUCUGCAUCGUCCUCGUCUGCAUUUUGAUGUGGAUCACCCCGCAGUGGAGGGAAGAAUGGCUUUUACCGUUCCUACGUGACAUUUUUGUCAAAGUCACCCGACGCUUGGUUUAUUACGCCGUCAAAUACACCUCAUGGAAAACACCCGCGUUAGCCCAACACAUUGUGCAAGACAUGAAAGAGUACGACGAAGACGGGAUUCAUCUGGGCGCCAUUUCCUUGCAAACGCAGUUCAAUCAACAGCAAACACGAAGUCACAUCACCAACGUUAAAAUCCGAACCUUGGCCGGGAAACACGUCGCGGAUGUUCAUCGACUCACCGCCGGUGCAACCCACGAUACGCUCGUUUCAUGCGGUCAAGAUGGACGUAUUGUCUUGUGGGAUACGGAAAAGGGCGAAUGGAUGGCCCGGUUGGAUCGACUCGGACAAAAUAAUACCCACGCCUCCGAUCGUGAGUUGAACCCUCAUUAUUGGAAACGGAUCAAAUCGAAACAACGGACACGGCCAGCAGCCCACGCUGUAUCACGACCUUUGAAAACUGCGCGUUGUGUGAAUAUCGAUCUGGGAAACAAGUGGAUUGCUGCCGGAUUCGACGAUGGCAUCAUUCGAGUGUGGGAUACCUUUACCGGGAAUCUGGUGCGAAUGUUUCAGUUAGACGCGGAUGUAGCGCUUGUCAUGGAAGAAGGACCGCUCUCGCACUCGCAACCUGGCGUUCGUCGAAGAAAAGUCGGUUUAACCCAUGAAACAGACGAUUCAUAUGGCGGUGACCGACCCAAAUGGCCCAAGCCAGUGUGUGAUCCGGUCAUUGCGCUUCAAUUUGUAGGUGCGGUGGACGAAUACUGUCAUCCCGUUAUACCCGAAACUGCCGCGCGAAAGUUGCCAUCGUCCGUUGUCAAGGAAGAUCCGACCCAGGAUACCAUUGUCGCGGUUUACAAAAGUGGCAUGAUCCGUGAAUGGGAUAUCUUGUCGGGCGAAUGCACGCACACUAUACCAUCUCAGCAUGAGAAAGAUAUCACGGUGCUGCAUGUCGCCCAGUCCAAAGCCCCGGUUCGGAACCAAGGCGUUGCUUCUGUAUUCACCGCUUCCAAAGAUGGCAUGAUCAAGCACUGGGAACGUCGUGUCAGCCAACCACCAUCUCAAGAACCGAUCGUACGGGAUGCCGUUGUUGAACAAGAAUCGAAAUCGAGCUGGUCUCUUAUCUAUUCCAUUGACGCUCAUCCAGGUCGGGCCGUUACCGCCUUGGCCACUGAGUUACCGAUCAAUGGCAUGGGCGCGCUUGUUUCGGGCGCCAGUGACGGAUCGGUCAAAGUGUGGAAUUUUCACUCGGGCGAAUUGGUCACCACCUUAUCUACCGGCGGCGUGCGGAAAAAGAACCACGAAAUCCAUGUCGGCGGUCCCAUUAUUCGAUUCAGUAAAAUUACCGUGGAUAAUGCGCAUGACCGUGACACCGCUCGGUUAUCCGAUCAGUCCUCGCCUGGUUCGGUGGAUGGGGCACAGCAGGGCGCGGAAAAUCACUGCGAUCGCAUCAAUCAAGUGGUCAUUACUCGUUACUGCGAUGUGGAGACGGGACCGGGAUUAUGCCGUGGAUGCGAAACUUGUUUUGGCAACGGAUUCUUCAUUGCGUCGUCUUCUAUGGAUGACACCGCUCACGUGUGGCGUCUGGAACGAGCCGAUGACGAUCACGAAAAUGGAUGUGCUUUAUGUAUCAAAGAUUAUCACCGUAAACAAUACAAGCGGCCACGGAAAAAGAUGACGCCGGCCUUGGAUGCAAAAGACAAGCGCAGUAUGACGGGGAUGAUGCCCAGUGAACCUUUGAGAACGGAUUCAAUCUUGAGUGCGGAGAAGGCCGUCUGCGGUGCUCGUCGUAACGUGACUCACGCACGUCAUCACCGAUCGGCCAACCCAACCACUCUGCUACUGAACAUACCGAAAUCGCCAGACAUGCAUGGCGCCGACGUGGUGGAUAUCGAACAACUACGGGAAGAAACCAAUAUCACGUUGAGACCCAUUUUUCUGGGGAUAAUCGAUCAAAGUGCUGGACGAGGAUUAGCGUUUUGUGACAACAUGAUUUUGGCCGGAGUACGUCGAAAGUCAUCGGUGGACGGAGUGUCGGAAUCUGACGAAUGGCAAGCGUGGUUCGCUUGCUUGCAAUAUUAUGAACCUCCGCCGGCGGGCAUGACGGGGGAUCAUCGGGUUGCGCAUAUUCCUCUCGAAACGUAUGAUCUGGAUGAAGACGGCAGCGAUAUUUCAAACGAGUCGAUGGAGUCGUCAUCGGAGCGGGCCAACGGAUCCUGGUUCGGCGGUCUGGGAUGGCUGUUUGGAAAAAAGCGAACCAGUUUAUCACGCACUCACAGUAAACGGCGGAAUCAUUUUCGUCGUCGAUCCCGAUUUCGGCGUGGUUCGAGUGAUGAUGAAUGGAGUUCCGAGAUCGAAUCGGAUUCGGAAGAAGCGAGUGAAAUCCUGCCAUUCUCAUGUAUCCGACAUGUGGUUCCUCUCAACGGAUUCGGGAUUGCCUGCGACUAUGGCAACUUUAUCAAGCUUAUUUCAUUCGAAGAUCAGCAUAAAAAUUUGAGACAUGUCAAUCAAAUGAGCCACGCAUCACAUUUGUAG